AUGCUAUCCUGGAUCAACCCAUUGCGAAUCUUCCAGGCCAUCCUGUCCCUAGCCACGAUUGGUCUUACUGCAUACGAAAUUGCCUCUCUGUACGACAAAUGGUCCUACUCAAAUGUCGUCUACUACAUGCUCUUCAACGGCUGCUGGACAACAGGCAUCGCAGUCCCAUACCUGGGCCUCGCACCUCUACGCUUCCCUCGCUUCUCACAUGAAAUCGCCAUCCCUCUCAUUGAGCUGCUCACCGGCGGUCUCUGGCUCAGUGGCUGGAUUGCCUUGGCUGCCAUGAUCCCUUCGCCUGGCGCGUGCUACUAUCCCAGCUGCCACGCCCUUCAGGCUCUGAUUGUCGUCGGGGCUGUCCAAUGGGCUACUUUCGUUGUCACAAAUACCUUCGCCAUCAUAGACUUGAAGAACUCUCGCCGCAACGCGAAGAAUCAUCGCGAUGAUGCCUCCCCGGAGAUGAGUACUACUGCCAAUGCCAAUGCCAAUGGUAACACUACCAAUACCACUGCGGACUCGGCUGUCUAG